GUGGGCGGGACUGUUGUGCAAAAUGGCAUUUCAUGCGCUCUCUUAGGUUUAAAAUGCCUCACGUGGAAGAGGAAAGAUGGGUUCAUUAUAUUAGCUGCUUGAACUUUUACCCACACAGCCCACCUCCACCGAUUCUGUACACGCAUGGAGGAGGAAGUUGGCUUCUCUUAGGUUUGGGAUAACUUCACUGAACUCCGGUGAGAUAGCCACAUCCUCUUUUGCCCAGGAUCAUGUAACCCCUUCUCCUUGAUCCUUUCAGAGUCUUCAGGGCGACUCUCUGAGGGACCUGAUGUUUCUGUUUCAGUGGGGAUUUCCAGACACCUGAAAUUUCCAGCUUUGCAUGCUGCUUGCUGCAGCUGGUGAGGCUGGCUCUCCUCCAUCACCCCCCAGUUUGGUGGUGUCCUGGGAAGUUACAUUUGCUUUCAUACUGUGGCCAUGCUUGUUUUCCUGCUACACCGUGACUUUGCUUCAGGUAGAGAAGCAGUACAAAGAAUGGAGGAUUCAGUAUGUCUUUGAAUAGGUUAAGAUAUGAUGGGAAUUAGUCAUGUUGGUGGCUGUGUUAUUGAUUACAGAGAAUGUCGUGUGCUUCAGAUACCAGACGGUUUGGAGGCAAAGUGACAUUCUGGUGAGAAAGAUUGAGAAACCUGACUUAAGUUAACCACAUUUUACUGUCACCUGUUGGGGCCAGUGCCAGGUACCAGGGAGGUAUGUCCAUCAUACUGUAAUGAUACAAAGAAGUUACUGGCCAAGUCUGUGUGGACUCUUCCCAGGAAAGCUUUACACAGUGGGAGAUGCUUCAGCUGGCCCUAAAAGCUGAGAAGGGUUUUGCUGGACAGGUAAGUGGAAGAGGGUAGUCCAGGUAAAGGCACAGAGGUGUGGGAAAGAACUCUGUGUUGAGGUUAGGCUGAAGCCACAUGUGCAAAGUAUGUGUUAAUGAAAGAUGAGGGCAGGUGCUGGACCACAAGAAGCCUUGAAUGCAAAGAAAAUUGGAACCUGCAAUGGGAGAUGAGGAAUCAUUGGAAGGUUUGAAUUAGGAAAAUGACUUAGUUCAAGCAUGGACUUCAGAAAGUUCAUUCUGAUAGAAGAUUGAUUUGGAGGGGUUGAGACCAGAGGCAAGAAAAACAGAAAGGCCAGGAGAAAAGUCCUGCAUGAGAGGUAGAUACUAGGGUACACCCUCAUUUAAGGAACAGGUGCAGAAGGAGGGUUCUGAGGAGUCAGAGAAGGUUAGGGAGGGACUGUGUAGAAUAUAAUGGUGUGAGGUGAGCCAAAGCAGUUUCCAGUAGGGAUUAAUCAGCAGCAUCAGAUGGGAUAGAGUGCCCAGGUAAAAGAAACUUCCAAGUGACCUUGGAUGUGGCCACUAGGUCACCAAGUUCCCUACAAGAGCACAGUCGGCAGAACUGGGACACCAGGGUGCACAGAGUAAGGCACUCACUCAGGCACAACAUUUAAGGGGGUGCUCAAUUCAAUAAUCAAGAGAAAUUUUUAGUGCAAUAUUUUGAAAAAAAUUGACAUUCAUGCAAAAAAUUCACAGUGAACAAACUGUCAAAAUUUAAAAUAGACACAGCAUCAGUUUACGGAUUUUUCUUUGGCCUCGGUUCCAGUAUGGCUCCGUACUGAGCGUCAAUUUGUAAAGGAUACGGUGAGAGGGAGGAUUCAGGUAGGGGCUAAUUGAGUGAAUUGAAGUUGUAGGAAUUGCACUGAGUGCAGACUCUUCCUUCAUGAGGUUCUUGCUUUACAUGAAGGGAAAUAAAGGGAAAGGAUGGUUGGCUUGGGGAUCUCAGGCUUAAGGGUUUUUUCAUUUUAUUUAUUUAUUUUUUAAGAGAGGAGAGCCUUGAAAAUAUUUAUAAGCUAGAGGUAGAGAGAGGUUGACGAAGGAGUAGUUGUAGGGGCUCAUGGAGACAGGAGGGCACACGGGGAGUGGUGGGAAGGUGGAAGAUUGUGGAAAUUUACUCCUGAUAAAUGGCAAGUUCGACCUAUGAGAAAUGGCACCAGUGGGUGGUGUUAAGGUACAAGAAAGCCAUGAAGGCUGGAGCUCUGGUAGAGGUGGGAAAGGAGCUGACCAAGGUCCUGUAAAAGCAAUUGCUGAGCAGCGAUAAGGGGCCAGCUCAGCUUGAAAGCCACAAGCGUUUGGUGCGAUCUUUCCCCCUCUCCUCAGCAUGACUUGCUACUUUAAAUGUAUGAGUGGGGCAGGCUCACCAUUUGAAGAUGGGAUGCUGGGCUAGCCGACCAUCCUGAGACUCCUGGGACUGAGGAGUGUCCUGAGAACACAGACAGGCUUUUCAGUGCCAAGACUGGAAAGUUCUGGCAAGCCGGGACCAGUCCUGUACCAGAAGUGUUGCAGAGCUGGUGGUCAGGAGGCAAAGGGCAGAUAAUUGCAGGUGCUGGUCAGUGAGAGUUCCCAUGUGCUCUAGGUCGAGUCUGGGGAGAAAAGGAAGUGAGUCAUUACCAGGUAGCAACUUGUGAAACUCCAUUUAUUCAUUGAUUCAUUCAACAGAUACUGAUGAAAUGCCUACUAUGAGUUGGGCACUGGGGUCCUUGCACAGGAAUUGCGUAGAUUAUCCUUCUGUGGUGACUAAGGUCAGCUGGUGCUCAGGACCCAUUCUCAUCUCUGUCUAGAGGAUGGAGAGUUACAAACUGCAUUUCCUAGACUCCUUUACAGCCGGGAUGUGAGCUAAGUUCUGCCAGCUAGGUGCAUUCAGGUUAGAGAGACCAGCAAGCAAGGAAGAGCCUCUACCUUGAAUUUGAGACAUAAGUUACUUUGAUAAGAGGAUUUAAAAAAUGCCCUUUUAAGCACAGAACUCCAUUGGAAAGGACUUUGAAAGAAAUGAAGAAAACCAUCAGAAAUGAAGACAGCAGCCUCAUGGCCUUUUAUUGACCAGAGUGGAGUUUUAUUACUGUAGUGUUUUGGAAGGACACUGUGCAGGAUGUCUACGGAGGUCAUUCAUCAGGUUGAAGAGGCACUUGAUGAAGACGAGAAGAAAAUGCUUCUUUUUUUGUGCCGGGAUGUGGCUGCAGAUGUUGCUCCGCUUAAUGUCAGGGACCUUCUGGAUAUUUUAAGUGAGAGAGGAAUGCUGUCUGCCAUGGGCUUGGCCGAGCUGCUCUACAGAGUGAGGCGGUUUGACUUGCUCAAGCGGAUCUUCAAGAUGGACAGAAAGGCAGUGGAGGCCCACCUGCUCAGGAACCCUCGCCUUAUUUCGGACUAUAGGGUGCUGAUGACAGAGAUUGGUGGUAAUUUGGAAAAAUCUGAUCUGUCCUCAUUAUUUUUCCUCAUGAGGGAUUAUACUGGUCGAAAAAAGGUAGCCAAGGAUAAGGGUUUCCUAGAUCUUGUGAUCGAAUUAGAGAAACUUAAUCUGAUUGCUCCAGAUCAAUUGGAAUUACUAGAAAAAUGCCUGAAGAACAUCCACAGAGUAGACCUGAAGACAAAAAUCCAGAAAUACAAGCAAUUGGCUCAAGGAGCUGGGACAAGUUAUACAAAUGCACUCCAGGCAUCAUUCCCAAAUUUGAGUCUUAAGGAUCCUUCAUGUAACUUAAGGCUCCAGAAUGGGAGAAGUAAAGAACAAAGACUCAAUGUGGGACAACUUGACCUUCAAAGAGAAUCAGCGAAGGCAUCCAUCCAGGAAUCAGGAACAUUUCUACCGCGGCACAUACCAGAAGAGAGAUACAGGAUGCAGAGCAAGCCCCUAGGAAUCUGCCUGAUAAUCGAUUGCAUUGGCAAUGACACAGAGUUUCUUCGGAACACCUUUACUUCCCUGGGCUAUGAAGUCCAGUAUUUCUUGUAUCUGAGGAUGGACAGUAUCAUCCAGAUUCUUCGCCAAGUUGCCUGCAUGCCCCAACAUGAAGACUACGACAGCUUUGUGUGUGUCCUGGUGAGCCGAGGCGGCUCCCACAGUGUGUUUGGCGUGGAUCAGACACACUCGGGUUUCCCUUUGGAUCAGGUCAGGAGGAUGUUCAUGGGAGACGCAUGCCCUUCUCUCUUAGGGAAGCCAAAGCUCUUUUUUAUUCAGAACUAUGUGGCGUCAGAGGACCCGCUGGACAACGGCAGCUUGCUGGAGGUGGAUGGACCAGCCAUCAACAAUGUGGAAUCCAAAGCCAAGCAGCCUGGGCCAGGCACCAUUCACCGAGAAGCGGACUUCCUCUGGAGCCUGUGCAAGGCGGACGUGUCCCUGUUGGAACGGCCCUCCAGCCCUCCUUCAUUGUACCUGCAGUGCCUCUCCCAGAAACUGGGGAAAGAAAGAAGACGCCCGCUCCUCGAACUCCAUAUUGAACUCAAUGGCAGCGUGUAUGACUGGAACAGCAGAGUGUCUGCUAAGGAGAGGUACUAUGUCUGGCUGCAGCAUACUCUGAGAAAGAAGCUUGUCCUCUCUUGCAAAUGAACAGCCAAAAGUCUUUCCUAGCUCUGCCGUCUCCACCACUAGCCAGAGGUAGUUUUCAAACGAGUCUAUGUGUCAUGUGGGGGAAGGUGAGGUCCCGUAGGUGCUGAAAUGAGCCUCUGUGAGGAAUGGGGUCAGGAGGGUGUGUUUGAACCAAAGCCUCUGGACGGAAGGCUUUGGCUUCUGUUGCUGAAAGCAUGUCAGGCCUGUGUUAGGAAGCAAAUGGCUCUGAAACCUGAAAAAGGACUGGUUGAGUUGGGUGCCUCAGGAUUAUGUUGCCUUCCUUUGUGCAAUCAAGUAAAUCAGAGCCACGGAGAUAGGAUUGUAGUCACACAGUCUAUGAGCCUGUGGGUAUCCAUGCUCCAAUAGAAAAGUUAAAAAAACCACAACAAGGAAACAUAACAUACACUUAAACUCUUACAUACCGCCAACCCCCACAGUUAACGUGCAGUUUUUUUUCUGUACCCAAGAAAAAAUGUCUGAAUGUGAAGACCGGGUGGCUGUCCUCCUCUGUUCAGGUUACUAUGACAAAGUACCGGAGACGGGACGGCUUAGAGAAACACCUGCUUCUUGUGGUUUUAGAGACUGGGAAGUCCAAGAUCAAGGCUCUGGCAGGUCUGGUGUCUGAUGAGGACCCGCCUCUGGGUCUGCUGGUGGCCAUGUUCUCACCAGGCCCUCACAUGGCAGAGAACAGAGAGAGGAAGCAAGCUAUCUUGUGAUGGCUCCACCUUCAUGACCCAAUUACCUCAAAAUGCUCUGUUUCCUAAUAUCAUCACACUGAGAGUUAUAAUAUCAUCACACUGAGGGUUAUUCUCAAAUAUUCACCUCAAAAAUUCAACCUAUGAAUUUGGUGAUGGAAGCAAACAUUCAGGGCACAACUGUGCCUUUAUAAUUCGAGAUUGCUUGUCUGUCUGGGACUCAGGUGGUAUUUUACAGCUAAUCAUGUAUACCUUUCUUUCUCAGAUUUGAUGGGAUGAUCUAAAAGCAUGUCAUUAUUUAAAAUAUCAUUUAAAGUUUAAAAAAAAUUAUUUAUUUUUAUAUUUUUUGGCUUGGUGUUAAAUGGUAUGUAUCUCUAUGUGUAAACGUAGUAAAAUAUUUCAAGUCUUAUAAUAGACCCAAACUGAAAAUUUACGCAGUGUUCAGGAAUAAGAGUAUGGUUAUGAUGUAAUGUUCACUGAUUGGUAUUUUAUGUAACCAUUAAAAUUAUGUUUAUAAAUAA